AUGCUCGAUGAAAAAUGCUUUUAUGAAGGAGUGAAGACAUCAAGCAGAAAUCAAAAUAAUUUAGGUCGUAUGACACGAAGCGGUUAUUUGUCGCGAGGUUCAUUCUCAUAUCGAACCAUUGGGAAUUGGUCACUGGAUGAUGGUCUCCGCUUCACUGAUGCAUACAAGAAUUUCGAUAUUAAUGGUAAUCAAAUUCCAUCGCAAAACGCCGCAGCUCUAAGAACAGUCUCAAGAUGUGAACCACCACUGUGUAAAUGUUGGAUGGAUAAAGACUUCUUCAAGAAUCCCCUCCAUAUGCCCUUCAAUGAGGAUGUCACUCUAUUAGGUGGAUCGUACGUGCAGAGUGAGCCAACUGCGUCUAACAAUCAACUCGGACAGCAAGAUUCACCUGUUUUGAAACAUAUCACAGAAGGCCAGUGGCAUAUACAUGGUAGUAAUUAUGCGUUCUUGGUGAUUAUCACUUUGCUCAUACUGACUGCAUUAGCGGUGCUGCUUCUGAUUUGUGUGAAGGUCUACUUGCGGGUUGUAAAAGGAAACCAAUCGUUGGGUAUAUCAUUAUUGGUUGGCAUCAUAAUUCUAUAUUUUACUGGCUACGCGUUCGUAUUCGAUCCAUCCGAUAUCAUGUGUCGUCUAAGAAUAAUAAUGCAUCCAAUGGGAUACGCACUGUGUUUCGGUGUAAUGAUCGCAAAAGCCACACAGCUGCGCAAUGCGGAAACGAUCGGAUUUUCGCAUUCAAUUCAUAUAAGUUUUUGGAAUUACUGGUUACUGCUAUUCUUUAUUCUUGGUGUUCAAAUCGCCCUCUCUGUCAGGUGA